GCCCAUUUAUGAUUUUAUCUCAAGAAGAGUCAUAAGAAGCUGUUAAUUGUACGGUUCCACCCCACAAUUCCCUGUAACAUACAUACUCGGACAAGGAAAUUAAGAAUAAGAAAAAGAAAUUUCUCCACCAUCUCUCAGAGUUGGAUCUUCUCUAAGCGAGCGAGCUAAGGAAGUGCGUAGAAGGAAAAAAAAAAUGGCGAAAUCGAGCGCGGACGAUGAGGAGCUAAAGCGUGCUUGUGAGGCGGCCAUCGAAGGAACAAAGCAGAAGAUCGUGAUUUCGAUACGCGUGGCCAAGAGCAGAGGGAUCUGGGGAAAAUCCGGCAAGUUGGGCCGCCAAAUGGCCAAGCCUAGGGUUCUUGCUCUCUCUACAAAAUCAAAGGGUCAGCGGACUAAAGCUUUUUUGCGAGUCCUAAAGUACUCUACUGGUGGAAUUCUUGAGCCUGCUAAACUGUACAAGCUUAAGCAUCUUUCAAAAGUAGAGGUUAUAACUAAUGACCCCAGUGGUUGUACAUUCACAUUGGGAUUUGAUAAUCUCAGAAAUCAAAGUGUUUCUCCUCCUCAGUGGACAAUGCGCAAUAUUGAUGACAGGAAUCGGCUUUUGCUUCAAAUAUUAAACAUUUGCAAAGACGUACUGGGCCGUCUGCCCAAAGUUGUCGGAAUAGAUGUUGUGGAGAUGGCACUUUGGGCUAAGGAAAAUGCACCGACAGUUACAACUCAAAGGAAUCUGCAAGAUGGUCCUGUUGCAGCUACAGUGACAGAAAGCGACUUGAAAGUAACUGUUGAAAGAGAACUUGUCUCACAAGCUGAGGAGGAGGACAUGGAAGCUCUUCUGGACACUUAUGUCAUGGGUAUUGGUGAAGCAGAGGCAUUUUCUGAGAGGCUGAAGCGAGAGCUACUUGCUCUUGAAGCAGCAAAUGUGCACGCCAUUUUGGAAAGUGAACCUUUAAUUGAAGAGGUAUUGCAAGGCCUUGAGGCAGCAACAAAUUGUGUUGAUGACAUGGAUGAAUGGUUAAGCAUCUUCAAUGUGAAGCUUAGACACAUGAGAGAAGACAUUGAGUCGAUAGAAACCCGUAAUAACAAGUUGGAGAUGCAGUCUGUAAAUAACAAAGCACUUAUUGAGGAACUUGAUAAACUUCUUGAACGGUUGCGUGUCCCUUCUGAGUAUGCAGCAUCUCUGACAGGUGGUUCAUUUGAUGAGGCCCGCAUGCUUCAGAACAUUGAAGCAUGUGAGUGGUUGACUGGUGCUUUACGUGGACUCGAAGUGCCCAAUUUGGAUCCUGCCUUUGCAAACAUACGGGCGGUUAAAGAGAAGCGGGCAGAACUUGAAAAGUUAAAAACUACAUUUGUCAGGAGAGCUUCUGAGUUCUUGAGAAACUACUUUGCCAGUUUGGUCGAUUUUAUGAUUGGUGACAAGAGUUACUUCUCACAGCGGGGUCAAUUGAAGAGGCCUGAUCAUGCUGACUUGAGGUACAAAUGUAGGACAUAUGCUCGGCUUCUGCAGCAUUUGAAGAGUCUUGAUAAGAACUGCUUGGGUCCUUUGAGAAAAGCUUAUUGUAGCUCUCUCAACUUACUUCUUCGGCGAGAGGCUCGUGAAUUUGCAAAUGAGCUUCGUGCUAGUACAAAAGCAUCAAGAAAUCCAACUGUCUGGCUUGAAGCUUCAGCAGGUUCUGCUCAAAGUGCGAAUACUGCUGAUACCUCUUCAGUUUCUGAUGCUUAUGCCAAAAUGCUGACGAUUUUCAUCCCCCUUCUUGUGGAUGAGAGUUCUUUUUUUGCGCAUUUCAUGUGCUUUGAAGUUCCUGCACUCGUUCCUCCAGGAGGUCUUGCAAAUGGUAAAGGCGGAUCUCAUGAUUUAAAAGAUGAUGAUGAUGAUUUGGGCAUUAUGGACAUAGAUGACAAUGACAGCAAAUCUGGUAAAAAUCCUGCAGAUUUGUCUACUCUGAAUGAAUCCCUUCAGGACUUGCUCGAUGGAAUUCAGGAAGACUUUUAUGCCGUGGUGGACUGGGCAUACAAAAUUGAUCCUUUACGCUGCAUAUCAAUGCAUGGAAUUACAGAGCGGUAUCUCUCUGGUCAAAAAGCCGAUGCAGCGGGAUUUGUGCGUCUCUUACUUGGUGACUUGGAAUCAAGAAUUUCUACGCAGUUUGCCCGUUUUGUUGAUGAGGCUUGCCACCAGAUUGAAAGAAAUGAGCGUAAUGUGCGCCAGAUGGGUGUUCUAUCAUACAUUCCGCGAUUUGCAACUCUGGCAACCCGUAUGGAGCAGUAUAUCCAAGGACAAUCUAGGGAUUUGGUUGAUCAGGCAUAUACGAAAUUUGUUAGCAUAAUGUUCGUGACUUUGGAGAAAAUUGCGCAGACAGAUCCAAAGUAUGCAGAUAUUUUCCUUCUAGAGAACUAUGCAGCAUUUCAGAAUAGUUUGUAUGAUGUGGCCAAUGUUGUACCCACUUUGGCCAAGUUUUAUCAUCAGGCAAGUGAAGCUUAUGAACAAGCUUGUACGCGUCAUAUCAGCAUGAUCAUUUACUAUCAAUUCGAACGACUUUUCCAGUUUGCUCGAAGGAUUGAGGAUUUGAUGUACACAAUUACACCCGAAGAGAUCCCUUUCCAGCUUGGAUUGUCAAAAAUGGAUCUCCGAAAGAUGAUCAAAGCAAGUCUAUCUGGGGUUGACAAGUCUAUUGCUGCUAUGUAUAAGAAGUUGCAGAAAAACUCGACUUCAGAGGAACUUUUACCUUCCUUAUGGGACAAAUGCAAGAAAGAGUUUCUGGACAAGUAUGAAAGUUUCGUGCAACUCGUUGCCAAGAUCUAUCCCAAUGAGAAUAUCCCUACUGUGGUGGAUAUGAGAAAUCUGCUAGCUUCCAUGUAAAUUUUUUAGAGAGAGAACUGAUAUGUUGUGUUGUAUAAUUUUAUUUUAAAUUUUGUUUACGAGCAUAGAGCGUUAGUGUAUUAGGUUUCUGUAAUUAUUAUUCUUUCGCAAAUUUUCCUAUAAUUUGUUUUAUUGAACGAAUCUGUUUCUUAUCUGGAGUCACUGUAAUGUUUUUUCUAGUCAUUCUGAACUAUCUUUGAUCACA